AUGGAAUCUACGCAAAACUCGCCAACUCAUACAACUGAACCUAAACAAAAAAUGUAUUGUGUAAAUGCUCUCCAAAUUGCCGCGCUAUUAUAUGCAGUAAUUGUGAUUUUAGUUGUAGUAUCCAAAACAUUUGUUCACAAAAUUUUCGAUUCGCACGAAACAAUUAACGGAAUGAUGCAUACUUAUCCCAACGGUACAAUUUUCUUCUAUGCUCCAACAGUUACAUUUAAUAAUAACAAUUAUUUUGGCUCAAUUUAUGUUAAAGGUGUAGGAUCCAUGGCUUCCGCUGAUGAUAAAAUUUCAAUCUUUGCCAGUUUAACAUGUCAAGGCAAAUCAAUUCCAAAGACAAUUUCUGAUACUUUCUUGACAACUCCAUCGGGAGAGGCAGAAUUAUAUACAUCGUGGUAUCCGAUCUACGAUAAUAUCCUUGUCGAACUUAAUAUUAAUGGAGCUCCAAAGGAUAUUAAACCUUAUUUAUUUGUUGUCAAAUCAACAGAAGAAUCCGCCCAUAUAAUGAAUAGCAUUAAUGGAAUAAUUCGAUAUACCAUAUUAGGAUUCCUUUGCUUCUAUAUUUUUGUAUGGAUUUUUUAUUCAAACAAAGAAUUCGACUUUUUGAAAGUUCUCUCCGUUAUCAUAUUAACCGUUACAUAUAUUGCAAAUUUGCAUUACAAUCAUACAGGAGAAGAAGACGAAUUAUCUAUAAUAAAACAUGCGAUCUUUUUAAUGGUCCGAGGAGUUCAUGGAGCUAUAAACCUAGUAUCUAUCUUUUGUAUAUCGAUGUACUUCUUCAGCCGCGAAGGACUUGGCACAGCUCUAUUAAUCGCUGCACUUUAUGUUUUGACAGAAGCCAUGACGGCCAUUACAACAGAUUCAUUUAUUGUAUCAUAUUUCUUCGAUAAUAAUGGCAUUGUUUGGGUUUUCUUCUUUUCGACUUCAAUUAUUUCAAAAGUUUCCUUCUUUAUUUUGGCUUGUCACCAUUUAAUAAUGAUUGCUGUUCAGACAACAAUUAAGAGGAAACGAUUAUACAUGUAUUUCUACAGUAUUUUGUUAUUAUUACUUAUUAUCCCUCAAUUAGCAAGAGCUUCACUCAUUAUAUACGAAGGAUAUCAAAGUAGUUUAAUGAACUUCAUCUGUGAAUACGUCGCACAAUAUAUAUUCGUGCUUUUCUUCUGUUUAGUUUCUUGGCCAUCUUACGAGAAGCCAUUCAAGUCCGAAAUAUCUUCAGAACUAACAGACCUUGAUCACGAAAGAUUUAUGCUGGAACAUGACGUGUCUGUUCAAUUUGAACAUCCUGGAGAAUAA